CCUGUAUCGACUGUUUCAUGUUGGCGAUACCAUGAGACAGCGAAAGCCUUUGCAGCAUGAGUCUCAUGCCGGCGGAGAAGACUAGAACACAUAUCCAAGUCAUGCCUGAGAGCAGUGGCCGUCAUGAUGCAAACUCAUCCUGCUUUGAGACUGAACACCUAGUAUGUAGUAGGGAGAGUUAUAUCAGGAGCCUGAGCCCUCCACGAAGUGCUGGCUACUACUCGCAUGGUCGAAAAUCCUCAAUAAUACAAGGUGAGAGAACCAAACAAAGUGCUAAGAGACCGGGAGUUGCAAGAGAAGGAGAACGAUGUUGUACCCAUUGACCCAACGUCGUGGUGCCCACCCCGUAUUCACUUCACUUGCCGGCCAGCCUCCCGCUUUCACCAUGUCCCCGCAAAAAAGAACCUUGAUAUAAUGAUUCGACCAAUUUCACUUCAAUCCUCACCGGCUUGGAUCAAACUGGUACCGACCAGAAGGCGUGACGGUGACGAGCCCCCUGACCCGACGACCACGAGACCGACCGCUGUUCGAUUCCCGUUCCCAUCACCACAACGACUAUCUAAUUCAACGUUUGUCCUGGCCAGCAUUACAAUUCAACCACUACAAAACAAGAAAAUCGACAAAACGAGAAACGGAAAGAAAAGCCCACACCCCGGGAAACAACAAUAGGGCUUUCGCUUCACCACAACCUCCGACCGAGGAGUUUGUGACAAGAAGCUUUUUUUCCCCUUUUGGCUUUCCACGGUCAGGGUUGCGGUCUGAGGCCUUGCGCUACGCUUUGGUAUGGGAGCCUUCUGUUUCCUUCGCGCUUCGUGGUUAUUUGAUCCUCCCAUAUCCUACAGUAUGAGCACUCCCAUUUCGGGUGAUCCCGACUAUGUUUGCUUUGGAUGAACCCCUGCUUGAACCAACUCACCAUUGAUUCGCUCAUCUCUGUAACACAAUACUACUACUUCUCUACAGCCCCACCAUGCGCAUACGCAUAGAUCCAGGCACGGUUUGCUUUCGCUGUUGCCGAAGGGUACCUGCAGUCGGUCGAGUUGGUGGAACUGUUUCGAAAACUGGGCCUGGCCAAUGAUAUCCCUGUUCAAGGGCCUAUUUAGUAUGGGUAAGAUGGCCUAUAGUAUUCUGCUGGAGGGAGUGUACAACACAUUGCCAUCCUCGCUUGAUCGAUAAGCUACAUGUUUGUCCGACUACAUGAUCAAACGAACCGGGUCGGCAAAUGGUCACUCUUGCAUGGACACGCUCCAUGCCGCACUCGUUUGCUUGCGUUAUAUGCGCCGGCUUGCUUCGAGGGCCCAAGGAUGCUUUAACGGCGGAACAAGGGUCUAUACCGGCUUUUGAUCGACCGGCACAAACCCACUGCGGGCUGGAAUACUAUAACAUAUGGAACAUGUACUAAGAGUGCCAUCGCUCGACGGUUGAGGGUUUGGUCUCGAUCGACGGAAAGAAAGACAGGAGCAAAGUCGGACAUUCAAAACCACUGCAGUGGAUGACUGCACCAGACCAGGUCAUACAAGGAGGCUGCCUGCAUCGCCUACCACGCUGCCUACGACGAUUCUAGCAGGUGCGACCAAUCCAUUUGAUCUCUAUACCAUUUGCUGUGCCUGUUCCACUGUGCAAGAGAUCUCUGUCCUGCAUUGAAAAGACUCUCGCGCCUCCCAACCACGGGCUCCAGCAGCAUCGAUUUGAAUUGUUUUCCGAGCGUCAACUCGAUCCUCCCCAGAAGAAAAGACGACUACCAUCAUGUUCCCCAUCUUGGUCCUCGUGAUGGCAAGCAUAGCGAGUGCCUUGGUAUUACCACGUCAAGCUCAUCCUCUGGAGCUUUCCAAACCAGGAACACAAGACCUGGUCAAGCGGAACAUGACCGUCGGCACCCAGCAGCUUAACCUCAACAUCGACCCAGACAUAAUCAACCCAGUCUGUGGCGGAAUUUACCCUGCCAACAUCAACGUGCAGUCUGCACCCGACCCGUUCUAUCUUACCACGGCGUGCGACAAGGUGCUCGGCUACAUCGGAGGAGCCAAGGGGAGCAAGAACGUUGAUGUGGUGUUUGCCUGCCAAGCUCAGCCCACCACUGGGACCGGCGACAGAGACAUAAAAAUGAUAUUGAACACGCAGGCCAAUUUCGUCCUCGACGGCAGUGGGGGCGGCACUCAGAAUAUCCCGGCAAACAUGGAGCUCACUUCGGAAAGUGAUAACUUCUUCCUUUCAACUAGCGUCAACAUCGGCGUCAAAGUGAGCAGUUCUUCUGGCAAAAUCACUUUCCAGUAUAUCUUCUGUUGAUCAGCGUGACGGUGGCUCUGUGGAUCGUGAUGUCGGAGAAAGCUCUUGUUUGGCGUUAAAGAGCUUGAGAUGGGUUUUUGUCUUGCGCGGGUUGCAACGAAGCAUGGUUUUGGGCAAUGCGUCCAUCUGUAGAAGGAGCUGAGGCGUUGGAGGAGCCCGCUGACACGGUCAAGCCUGGACCACUCUGAUAUUGUUGGCUGAUAUCUGAUAUCUUUCAUGGCAUGUUAGAAGGGCAGUGAUAGGUGGAGGAGGCGGGUGCAGGCCUGAGUUGACCACGAGAGCAUUACCAUCACAAGCUUGGCCCAGGUCGAUUCCAACGAUGCUCAGUGACCAGAUUACGGCACAAAUCAAGCUUGUUACUGCGUUGUGAAAGAUUACCAGAGCCAUGGUCUUCAGGUCGAGACAUGUCUCGCACUGCACAGCACAUGAUGGUUUCCCGUUUUCGUGUCGCAGCCGGUCUUUCUCGAAGGUUGUGCCAAAUGUAAAACAGUCCUUAAACCAACCUCUCCAGCAAUUGUCUCCGCCGCCGAUCGACAAGCUCAUCUUGAACUUCUUGUAGAGUAGGCAAGCGCCAUCUGACACCAUCACCAGCGUCACCCGGCAGAGGCUCCCAAUCCGGAUCGUCCUCUUCACCUUC